UCAGGGGGCGGGACUGCCCUUUCAGUUGACGCUAGGGCGAGUUGGCCUCUCUUUUGGGGCGGGGAGGGCCCGUUAAGUGCCGUAACUAGAGUGCCGGCCACCCCUGCCGGGAGGAGCCGCAGACACGAGAGCCUUGCGCCCACCCGGCGGCUCUUACAGAGGAAAAGUCACUCUGGGAAAGAUGUUUCCCGCGCUGGGCGCGGAACCACCUCCGCUCCAAUUACACACAAGGGGGUUACGGGGGCCUGGUCUUGCCCUUUGACUGUGACCGGAGAUUGUUUACUAAAGGGCUCCGAGUUGGGAGGGGGCGUGUCCAGCAUAAGUUCCUCCUGGGCGAGUGAAGGGAAACCGUGGGUUUGGUGGUGAUCCCGGGAAUGUAGCAAUAGUCCUGACCCUGUCACUAAUUCACUGAAUGACCUUGAGCGACUUCUUAAUUUCUGGACAUAAAGUUUCUGGACUUGUAGAAUGAAAGGGCUGGUCUAAGUAGUCUGUAAGAGUCUAAUUUUUAAAAGCAGUGAUUUGAUUAAGUGGAUCUUUGUGAUUUGGAAGGGAAUGUUGCUGAAAGUUGUCUCUGAUGGGGAGACAAUUGCAUCCUUGUUUUGGUCUUUGGAGGAUUGUCCUUUGGAUGAAGAUGAAGAUGCAUUUCAAGGUCUGGGAGAGGAAGAUGAAGAGAUUGAUCAAUUCAAUGAUGAUACAUUUGGAGCAGGUGCAGUUGAUGAUGAUUGGCAGGAAGCACAUGAGCGCCUGGCUGAAUUGGAAGAGAAGCUACCGAUGACAGUUAACGAACAAACAGGCAAUGGAGAAAGGGAUGAGAUGGACUUGUUGGGUGACCACGAGGAAAACCUUGCAGAAAGGCUCAGUAAGAUGGUGAUUGAAAAUGAAUUAGAAGAUCCAGCUAUCAUGAGGGCAGUACAGACCAGGCCAGUUUUGCAACCCCAACCAGUUAGUCUCAAUUCCAGCAUCUGGGAUGGAUCUGAAGUUCUCAGGCGAAUCCGAGGACCACUGCUUGCUCAGGAAAUGCCAACCGUGUCUGUAUUAGAAUAUGCCUUGCCUCAGAGGCCCCCACAGGGCCCUGAAGAUGAUCGGGACCUUUCUGAACGUGCAUUACCAAGGCGGUCAACUUCACCUGUCAUUGGGAGUCCUCCUGUUCGAGCGGUCCCUAUCGGCACCCCACCUAAGCAGGUGGCUGUACCCAGCUUCAACCAACAGAUUCUGUGUCCGAAGCCUGUCCAUGUUCGGCCCCCAAUGCCACCACGCUAUCCUGCUCCCUAUGGUGAGAGGAUGUCUCCAAACCAGCUGUGCGCUGUCCCGAAUUCUUCCCUUCUGGGUCACCCUUUCCCUCCUAGUGUUCCUCCUGUUCUCAGCCCCCUCCAGAGAGCACAGCUUCUGGGAGGAGCACAGCUGCAGCCUGGACGGAUGUCUCCCAGCCAGUUUGCACGUGUCCCUGGAUUUGUUGGUAGUCCACUUGCUGCCAUGAAUCCCAAGUUGCUGCAAGGGCGAGUUGGGCAGAUGCUUCCCCCAACACCAGGCUUCCGUGCCUUCUUUAGUGCUCCACCCCCUGCUACACCACCACCUCCUCAGCAGCCCCCCUCUGGCCCAGGACCUCACCUGCAAAACCUAAGAACUCAGGCCCCUAUGUUUAGACCAGACACAACUCACCUUCAUCCACAGCACCGUCGACUCUUGCAUCAGAGACAGCAACAGAAUAGAAAUCAGCAUCGAACUCUCAAUGGUGCAGGAGAUAGAGGAAGUCACCGGAUAAGUCAUCAAGAUCAUCUCCGAAAGGAUCCAUAUGCCAAUCUCAUGUUGCAGCGAGAAAAGGACUGGGUCUCUAAAAUCCAGAUGAUGCAGCUGCAAAGCACUGAUCCCUACCUGGAUGAUUUUUAUUACCAGAAUUACUUUGAAAAACUGGAGAAAUUGUCAGCUGCUGAAGAAGUGCAUGGUGAAGGCCCUAAGAAGGAACGCACCAAGCUCAUUACCCCUCAGGUGGCCAAGCUGGAGCAUGCCUACAAGCCAGUGCAGUUUGAGGGCUCUCUGGGGAAGCUUACUGUCUCCAGUGUGAAUAAUCCGCGAAAAAUGAUUGAUGCUGUUGUGACAUCUCGGAGUGAGGAUGAUGAGACAAAAGAAAAACAAGUUCGGGACAAGAGACGAAAAACCCUUGUCAUAAUUGAGAAAACCUAUAGUUUACUCCUUGAUGUGGAGGAUUAUGAAAGGCGUUAUCUCCUAAGUCUAGAAGAAGAACGACCUGCCCUGAUGAAUGAAAGAAAGCACAAAAUCUGUAGCAUGUAUGACAACUUAAGGGGGAAAUUGCCUGGACAAGAGAGGCCAAGUGAUGACCACUUUGUGCAGAUCAUGUGUAUACGAAAAGGGAAGAGAAUGGUUGCCCGCAUUCUUCCCUUCCUCUCCACAGAGCAGGCAGCUGACAUUCUCAUGACAACAGCCAGGAAUCUCCCUUUUCUUAUCAAGAAGGAUGCGCAAGAUGAGGUGCUGCCAUGCUUAUUGAGUCCCUUCUCUCUCCUCCUCUAUCACCUUCCAUCAGUGACUGUCACCAGCCUUCUGCAACAGCUAAUGAACCUACCUCAGAGCGCAGCUGCACCAGCACCCUGCAGUCCUCACCUCACCGCUGUGCUCCAGAACAAGUUUGGCCUGUCACUACUCCUUGUCAUCCUGAGCCGUGGGGAAGACCUACAGAGUUCAGACCCUGCUACAGAAUCGGCGCAAAACAACCAGUGGACGGAGGUGAUGUUCAUGGCAACCCGAGAGCUUCUGCGGAUUCCCCAAGCAGCCCUGGCCAAACCAAUCUCUAUGCCCACAAACCUAGUAUCCCUCUUUUCUCGCUAUGUUGACCGACAGAAACUGAACUUGCUGGAAACAAAGCUGCAGCUAGUUCAGGGGAUACGAUAAAAGAUCUCCAAAUGUGUCCUGUACCUCCUUUUCGCUGCCACCUGCACUGCUGCCACCACCAAUGGAGUGUUUGUAAUGAGGGAGGAAAGGUGGCUUACUCCCCAAAGUCUCUUGGGGGACCGAUUCCUGUUCACAGGGUUUGUCUCUAAAUGCCAGGUAUUUCCCUACUGCUCUGUGAAACUUGGCUGGGUGAUCCCUCUGCUGGUUUCUUCUUUCCAUCUAUGUUACAGUUCUGCAUGUCCUACUUUUACUCAAUUCUUCUCAAUUUUGCAUUUUCUUUGCCCUAGAGACACAAAUACAAUCUCUCCCCUUAUCCCACUACCACUGCUCCAGCUCGGAGUAGAUGUCGCCUGCCAAAGCUUUCCUCCCCUCAUCCUGCUGAAGUCUUUUUUCAUUGCCCCAUAUUAAUAUGACUAUAGGAGAGCCAGUUAAGUAGAAAUCAGUAUGUAUAUGCGUGUGUGUGUUUGUGUAUGUUCGUGUGUCUCAACACACAUAGACACACACCACUACGUACAUUUAUGUGGUCUCCUGAGGAUCCUUAAAGAAUGAAUUUUAGAUUGAGACAUAUCCCUCCUCUGAACACAAACCAGCUGAUAUAUUUUUAAUCUGUUUAUAGUCCAUCUUGUAAUUAAUUUGGGGGGUUCUACUUGUUUUAAUAUAAAUAGAGGGUGUGCAGCACAUUAAUAAAGUCAGAAUUCUUAAUUGGCUGAUACCCAGCUCUAGGCUGAGAAGUCCUUUUUCUCCUCCUCAUGUGUCUUCUCUUUGUUUCUGUCCACCUCAGUGGAAACAACACACGGUUAAGCCUUUUUUCUCACUACAUCUACAGUGUACUUAAGCCUGUCCCCUCAAGUACAUGCAAGAUGCCCAAAAUGAUCCUAACCUAGAGCCUGCUUCCACAGUGUAACUUUUGCACACUUGCUGUCUUCCUGAGAUGACUUCAGUAAGCCAUGCUUUUACUUACCUCUUCCCUGUUUUUAUUUGGUAUUAUGGGUCGAAACCUCCAAAUGUAACCACGCAAGCUAAGCUUGGCUUGUUGUUGCUCUUCAGUCUCCCCUACACCAUGAGCAGAACUGCUGUCCUGCUUUGUCUCACCCAAGUCCCUUUCCCAGGCAGCCAGGGGCCUGGGUUUGCAGCCCAGCAGGGACAGCCCCCGUGAUUCUUUCCACUUACCUUCUUCCACUCAGCAACCAAGAUGAGGGCUUUGAUGUCUAGUGAUUACAGCCCUCAAGAAAAGUUCACCUGAAUUAAUCUUUCCUGAGUGUCCUGAUAGACUUUUUGCUAUUCAUACCUUUUCAAGUGUAGUGGGUGGGACAGGUUAUAUUUAAAGAGAAGAAACAUUUUGCACAUAUAUGUGUUGUACAACAGUAAAAUCCUCUCCUCUGUUACAACCAGCUGUCCUUGUUUCUGUGUCCAUUUCUUUCCAUUUCUGUAGCCCCAGGCUGCACCAGCUGUUCCCAGUGACAUUACUUAUCUACUGACCAUUUCCACCAUGCACCUUUCCUACCUUCCCUUCACAAAUAAUCAAGUGAACACUUGAUUAUUCUUGUUUUCUGUGCUUUAUCUUUUUUCUUCAGUUCUAAUUAAUUAAAAAAGUUUCUAAAUUUACAUUUUUAUAGGGUAUUGUAAAUAAAUGAAUUGUAUACUUGAAAAAAA